AUGGCGCAGAUCCGCGGCACUGCCGGAUACAAUCUGGGUCACAGCAACCCGUUUGUCGGUCCCGGUCGGGCUGACGCUACAAAUGACCCGAGUCCCUUGGAUGCGAUCCGUGAGCAGACCAGCAAGAUCGAAGACUGGUUGGAGACCAUUUCAGACCCGAUCAAGCCAUAUCUUCCCGCAAUUGGCCGUUUCUUGAUUGUUGUUACCUUCCUCGAAGAUUCUCUGCGCAUAUUGACACAAUGGGGCGACCAGCUCUCGUAUUUGCACGAAUUCCGAUCCUUCCCACGAGGAAUUUCUCAUAUCUUCCUUCUCCUGAACGUUAUUGCCAUGUUGGUUUGUUCCGUCUUUGUUAUUGCCCGUAAACAUAGCGAAUACGCUGUCGCCGGUCUCCUUGGAGUUGUCGUUUCCCAAGCCCUCGGAUACGGUCUGGUCCUCGACUUGACCUUUUUCGUUCGAAACCUCAGCGUGAUCGGGGGUCUUCUCAUGGUGCUCUCAGACUCGUGGGUCCGCAAGAAGUUCGUCCCAGCCGGCCUGCCUCAGCUCGAAGAGAAGGACCGCAAGAUGUAUGUCCAGUUCGCGGGACGUGUGCUGCUCAUCUUCCUGUUCAUCGGCUUCAUUUUCUCCGGAUCCUGGGGCUUCUGGAGAAUUUUGGUCAGCAUCCUUGGAUUUGUCGCGUGUGUUAUGGUUGUCGUCGGCUUCAAGGCUAAGUGGAGUGCCACGAUUUUGGUCGUGGUGCUCAGCAUUUUCAACAUCCUGGUGAACAACUUCUGGACACUUCAUUCCAAGCAUCCUCACAAGGACUUUGCCAAAUAUGACUUCUUCCAGACUCUCUCCAUCGUCGGCGGCCUCCUCCUCUUGGUUAACAUGGGUCCAGGACAGCUCAGCAUGGAUGAAAAGAAAAAAGUCUACUAA